AUGAUGGCCGCCGAACAAUCGCAUCCGGACUCCGUGCUGCCCCAGCCAGCGUCCUCGACCCCCAAGAAUUCCUCGAUGUCUUGGCGCGCUUGGCUCGCGCUGACCUGCCGAAACACGGCGCCCACCUUUCUGUUGGCGUUGAGCGUGCGAGAUGGUGUUCUGUGGUACCGCGACGGCGGCGGCGAUACCCGAGUGGAUGAUGGCGGGUUCGGCGCCGUGCCGGCCUCGGGCGUGGCCAUCGCUGGUCUGCCGGAGACGACGGCGGGCGAGAGCGAGGCGAGCGGGGAAGAGUGCGCGGCGUGCCUUGAGGGUUACGAGGCGGGCGGCACGCUCAAGACGAUGCCCUGCUCGCACGACUUCCACGAGCGGUGCAUCUUCGGCUGGCUCCGUGUCAGCCGCCUCUGCCCGCUCUGCCGCUUCGUGCUGCCGGCUGACUCGGAAACGGAGGAGGAGGAGGAGGCGGAUGAUCACGAUGAUGAUGGCGAAGAAGAACCGAGCGCAUCUGCUAGCUUCUUCUUGAUGAUCGAAUAGUUCCAUCUAUAUACCUUUGAAGAGGAUAUUGGCACCUCUGGACCAUUUCCCAUUGCUUGUUACCUGCCUCUAGUUAGUUCCAUAAUUUUGCUUGAAAUUAAACAAGGUAGUCAUACUGCAGAGAUGGGGAUAGCAGAACGUUGCUACCUUCUCUCUUUGCAUUGGAACGGCGAAGGUUGCCUCCUUUUGUUUGAGUCCCACAAAAAGGUAGCUAGCUCAUGGCAAGAAGCCAAGUUGAAAGGUA